AUGGUAGCAGACAUCACAGGCGCGCCGUCUCGGACAAUUGUCGACAGAGCUCUGCAGGUGCUGGAUGACGGAGGUGCUCGUGGCUGUGAGAAGGACACUGGCGACGGUGCUGGCAUUUUGUGUGGCAUUCCCGAUCGAUUCAUGCGGCGUGUUGCGGCGGAUUUGUCGGUAGAUCUGCCACCUCCUCGUGAGUAUGCGGUUGGCAACGUCUUUCUUGACCGUUGCGAAGAUGGAACUGCAGAAGGCAAAAGGAUCUUCGAGAAGGUAUUGGCUUCCAUUGAUGGUCUCCGCAUGAUCACUUGGCGCCGGGUACCGGUUGAAUCGGAUUGCCUGGGCAAGGCUGCCACGGAUCACGAGCCGACCAUCGAACAAGCGUUCAUUGCUGCCGAAGGCGAGUUGAAGAAGGAUGUCAAGAAAUUCGAAGCAGCUCUUUUCGUUCUCCGGAAGCGCGCCGCCAACCUGGCUGCUCAACAGCCUGGCCUUCCCUUCUACGUCUGCUCGCUGUCUCCGAGAAUCAUCAACUACAAGGGCAUGCUCACAUGUCCAGGACUCGUCAGAUAUUUCCGUGACCUGCAAGAGCAUGACUUCGAGUCUCACGUCGCGCUGGUUCAAAGCGGAUUCUCCACCAACACCCUUCCUGCGUGGAGACGCGCACAUCCAUUCCGCCACAUUUGCCACAAUGGUGAAAUCAAAACGCUCAAAGGAAAUGUGAACUUUGCUCGAGCACGUGAAGGAUUGAUGAAAUCCGAGCUUCUGGGGCCUCAGCUGGAACAAUGCUUUCCUUUGCUGGAGCUGGUCACAUCCUCAGAUGCAGAUUCGGAUGCAGAAUUCCAGUAA